AUGGAGGACCCCGCGCAGUCCUUCCUAUGCCCCCCUCUUGAAGAUGACCCUCCUAAUACCAUAUUCCGUGAACCCUCGCUAUACAAUCCUAUGGGCACAUUCCGGCUUCCUGCUGGAGGAGCAAGGCAUUACCAGCAGCAGUAUUCAGAUAUCUACUUUCUACGGCUAACGAGACUUAAACCGGCUGUCUCCGAGGUUGCAAAGUCUGCCUGGGAAGGUUAUAAUAUCGCCGGAGAGUAUGCGCGAAGGGUUGACAGGGUUCUUGAUGUCCGUCAGGGUGAAUUGUCAUGGGUGGUUGGAACUGUUUAUAUGGAGCUUCCAUUAAAGCCCAGUAUCAUGGACGAUAUCUCCAAAGAGAACUGGACUGCCGCUCCCAUACCACAAAAGACAUACAAUGACCCAAACAGCACAAAACCCACUCAGACAAUGGUAGAAGAUGAGUCGGGAAGAUUAGUUCUCACCGGAAGUUUACUUCAAUCAAGCUUCUUGGUCACUGGCGUUGUUGUUGCAGUUCUUGGGACAGAGAAUGCAGACGGCGAGUUCGAAGUUGUCGAUAUCAAGGUUCCUGAUAUACCCCCUCAGCCUGAACGAUGGGAAAGAGAGGAGCCAUCAGAUGGUAUCCCAGCAAAACGGAAACACAGUGCCUUCGAAGGUGAUGAUAGUAGAUCUGGCAAAGGCAAGAAGAUUGCGUUCGUCAGCGGAUUGGGCAUUACUGGUACCUCUGGCGACACCGUAUCCCUAUCUCUUCUUGCAGACUACCUUCUUGGCUAUACCGGGUCUAAUCCAGGCGACGGGGACUCCAUCUCCGCCAACCCCUCUCAGAUAUCACGCCUUGUAAUUGCAGGGAACUCCCUUGGAGCCAAAACCGCCUCUACAGGUGACGAUGCUGCAGGGUCCGAAAACCGCCAACCAAAAAAAUACGGCUAUGAUGCAUCAGCCUACAACGCCUCUCCAAUCACCCUCUUAGACACGUUCCUCUCUGAUAUACUCCCAAGUAUCCCCGUGACGUUAAUGCCUGGAGAAACUGAUCCAGCAAACUUCUCCUUGCCACAGCAGGAAAUCCACACAGCUAUGCUCCCUCAGUCCAAAGCAUACUGCGCGCCAAUAGCUCCCAGGCGCGAGGCCCUAUUAGCUGAGCCUGGUUGGCUAGACAGCGUCACAAAUCCUUGGGAAGGGGAUAUCGAGGGAUGGAGGUUCUGGGGCACCAGUGGGCAGAAUGUGGACGAUGUCCUCCGUUACGUCGAUACUGAGGAACUAGAGGGAGAAGAAGAUGAAGAUGUCCAAAACGGAGUACGACUUAGGAUUAUGGAUUAUAUGCUUAAAUGGCGCUGCGGCGUUCCAACCGCGCCUGAUACCAUCUGGUGUUAUCCAUUCCAGGACAAGGAUCCCUUCGUUAUACAAUCAUGUCCUCACGUCUUCUUCACCGGAAACCAACCGCAUUUUCAGUCUAGCAUUAUCGAAGGAGGUGAUUGGGGAUCUGGGGAUGAUAACAUCACCAAAGUGAGGCUAAUAGCCCUACCUAAGUUCCAUGAAACAGGCGAAAUAGUUCUGCUAGACUCGGAAACGCUUGCCGUUGAGGUGGUAAAGUUCGGUACGAUAGAGAAGGCCAGUAAUGCUGGAAAGGACGAAGAAAUGUCUGACGCAUCAUGA